UGUUAAUUGUCGUGUUAAUUAUAAUUUCAUUUUAACAAACGCAUUUAACAUAACAUGACUUCGUAUCCUCUUUAAAAAGCAGGAUCAAAUAGUCAUGAACAUUAGAAAUACAUAUAAAAACAGAUAUACAAGUUGAAGUGUUUUACGACAGUCCGAAAAACCUUCGUCCUUUCGCAUGCGGUUCCUGUGUUUGUUUUGGACAUUUUAAUUAACCAUGUCGAUCACCUUUAUUAAACUAUCAAGGCUGUUCAACCAAACCAAACAUUUUAUGAAUAUUACACCUCUUAGAUGUAAUAUCUUGUCUUUCCUUCGGAUAUCUCGACUCCAGUCUACGUAUAAAACUUUUCCUGUUGCGAAUUAUAAUCGUUUCUGUAGUGGAAGUCAUGGCAAGGUUUCUCCUUUCUUGUAUUGGGAAUCCUUUAUUCCAAUUUCUCAAAUGACUUUAUUAAAUCGAUGUCAGAGUUGUUAUUAUUCUUCUUCUUCGACAAAUAACGGUUCUGAUGAUUACAACGAUUCGUUUAAAGAAUUCGACAAUGAUCCGGAAAUCCAAUCACUUUUGCAAAACAUCAAAGACGAUUUCAAAGUUUUCACCAACGAAGAUUUAGACGAGAAUAAUGUCACAGUUUCAGAAAACGUCAAUUCCAAGGCCAAAAGGCUUUAUGAUUCCAAUGUAAUCAGAUUUGAAUCUGAAUCAGAUUCGGGAAGUUCCGAAGAAUCCGAUGAUUCCGACAUCGAAGAUUUUCUGGAUUCUGGAUUUAUGGCUGAUGAUACAGAAAUCGAAGAAUUCGAAAUCCCGCAAUACGUACCACCGAUUGAAUUGAAAAGAGGGAAAACUGGUGUCUUUGACCUUGAUGAACUUGUCACAGUUUUGAACGAAGAGAAUGCCAGGGACUUGUGUGUAAUCAGUGUUCCUGCUCAUAUCAACUAUGUGGACUACCUUGUAUUGGUCAAUGGAAUAUCUCCAAGACAUAUUAAGGCCAUGGCUGAGCUUAUGAAAUGGCUGUAUAAAAGAAAAAGGUCUCGAUACGAUCCACCUUUACGUAUUGAAGGCCUUCAAACAAAUAACUGGAUAGCAAUGGAUUUAGGUAAUAUUGCCCUCCACAUAUUUCUUCCACACAUUCGUGAAUUGUAUGACCUCGAGACCUUAUGGGCUGUCGGAGCUGAACACGACGACCUCUGCAAAGAGGCUGAAGAGAAAUACAUCAUAUCAAACGCAAGCUUGCUCUCUCUGAGAGGUUCAAACACCAAAGAGAAGCAGACGUCUGCCCAAACCACUCAGUCGUAAUAACUGAAGGAAGCACACAGACACACACACACACACACACACACACACACACGCAUACGGGCACACCUAUGUAUACACAUAUAUAAACAUACACUCUCAAAAAUAUUGUUGGUUUUCCCAAACUUUGUAGAACCCCCAAGAAUGAAGGUGUCCGUUGUCUCUUUCUAUUUAUUAUUUCUUCUGAAAGAAAAAUAAAUUUAUUUUACUCAUUUA